AUAUCUUAUAUCUUUUUCUUCUUUAUAUUAUUUAAAAAUGUCACAAUUAGAUCCUUUUAUUGUAUAUACUGUUAAAUUAGCUAUGGAUUUUAAAUCCUCUACUGCUACUACUUCACCCUUUACUACUGUUGAUACUAAAAAUUGUGUUCAUCCACAAGACGAUCCUAACCAUCCUUUAUUCCCGGAAACAAUUGCUCGUAUCUUGUCUAUAAAGUCAUCAUCAUUCAAUUUAGGCAAAAAAGCUCCAAAGUUAAUAAAAGAAAACAUAUUAAGCUUGUUAUAUCAUGCAGAUGAACAAUGGAUACAAAGUAUAAAAGAAUUAUCAAAUAUAAAUACUUCAAUUGAAAAUGCAGUUAACCAUGUUCAUUAUCAACAAUGUAUCUUCUUUGAUACUCUUUAUAUUCUUCAAAAAACUAUGUUUAAUACAACACAAUCUUCUGUUAUCUCCAUGAAUCAUCUUCUUUCUAGUCCAAAACGCUUUAAUGAAUCUAUCUGGUUUGCUGCUCAAGUACUUUAUCAUGAUUGUCAAAUACGUCAUCUUGAGUAUUUUACGGAUGUUUUACAACCUUUAGCUAUCCAGUUAUAUAAAGCUGUAGAGGGACUUCGAUUUCAAUUAUAUGAUACAUUAGUGAAGCAGAAUGAAAUAAAGAAACGCUAUGAUGAAACAAAGUCAUUGUAUAGAAACAUGACAAAACGAUUCUCUAUCUGGGGUCUCUUUAAUACCACCUCAACUCCUCCUAUCAUUGCUUCAUUCUACAAGAGUAAAGAGCAUAUUCAGUUUUUACAGACUGAACUAGGAUCUGCUAUGCUAAACUUGAUAGAUCACUGGACUCAAUUUGAAAACAAACUAUAUGCAUGCUAUGUUCAUGCCGUCUUUGGUGAUGAACAUCACAUGCUGCAACAAGAGAGAGAGAAAGAGAGAGUGAAUAUCAUUCUACCCAACUUGGUCAUUUCGAAUUCAUUCUAUCAUCAUGAUACAUUUACACAGUUACUACCAUUCACGUUAGAACGAGCUAUCAAGCAGGAUAUCAUAGAUAUCACCAUGAUUCAAUCAUUUGAUCCUAUUGCCUUUGUCGCCUUACCUCGUCUUGCUAUCUUGGCUGGUGUCACUUGGUUAUCUCAUUUGACAGGUUGGCGAUCUUAUCAUUCGACCAACAAAAAAAAUUUUGAAUGGGGGGCUCCUGAAUGGAUUCAAUCACAUCAUGAUACAAUGGACUCUAUCAAGACUGCUUUAUUACGUUUAGAGAUUGAAUUAUUAAAGUCACAAUCAGAGGACUCACAUCAUACAUUUGUUAAAAUAUAUCAAAGAUUAGAAAAGGCGUUAGUUUAUGGACAAGAACAGAAACAAAGAAAAGAAGAAGAAGAGGAUGAAAUUGAUUUAUUAGAAAAAGAAAUUUACUUAGAUAUUUGUCUUGUUGCUGAUUCUCUUUUAUCAAAUCAUUAUUCGCAGUCAUUUAAUAUUAUUUUAUGUCAAUUAUUUAAAUACAUUGGUUCACACUAUGAAAUUGAUUUAAUGGGUCAAGAAGAAGAACCAGUAGUAGAUGCUCAACCACUUGAAUUAACGCUAUUAGAAUUAGCUAUAUAAUAAAAUUGUACACUAUGAUAAAAGAAAAAAGAAAGAAAACUAUAAUCAUUUUAUAUUCAUAUUAAAGACGGCUAUUGAGGAAUCAUAAACAAUAAAGACUCCCAU